UCAUGCUCACGUGAUAACACUAUCAAAGUGUGGGAAUUAUCCACUGGCUACUGUGUGAACACGCUGAAUGCUGGUCAUACCGACUGGGUGCGCGACGUGGCGGUCAGUGAUGACGGACUGUAUUUGGCUUCCUGCGGUAACGACCGAUCGAUUUUGUUCUGGGACUUGCAGCACAUGCGCGUGUUGCAGUCAAUCCGUGAGCACGAGCAUGUUGUGGAGAGUGUUGUGUUCGCCAAGACUGGACAGGAGCAGGUCAUUGAGAAGACUCACUCCAAGAAGCUCGCAGCUACAGGGGCUCUCACUCCGGCCAAUGGAAUCGCCUCUCCAGAGUCCAACAACCAUGAUAUGACCGACAGCACGGCUGGAGAACCCACCGGUGCUACCACUGUCGCUAGUGUUCCCACUGUCCGCCGCAUGAAGUAUCUGCUGUCUGGAUCUCGUGAUCGCUCUGUACGUCUAUGGGAAGCCUUCAGCGGCAUGCAACUGAUGCUGUUUGCUAGUCACGAGAACUGGGUGCGAGAGGUUCGCUUCCACCCUAGCGGCAAGUAUGCACUCAGUGCUGGUGAAGACAAGACCAUCCGUGUCUUUGAUGUUGACACUGGACGUUGCGUGCGGACGCUGGAUGAAGCCCACAGCCAUUUCGUGACGUGCCUUGACGUUCACCCGAGUCUCCCACUGAUUAUUUCGGGUGGCAUUGACAAACUCAUCAACGUUUGGGAAUGUGUAUAAAGAUAUCCAGAAUAGGAACAGCUCUCCAAUUUUUUGUCGAGCUGUCAACUUGAAGGGCACUAUUAAGUAAAGCGAAUGGGGCGGGGCAAUGACAGUGGUAUCAACGUAGCAGUUUUUGGUAGGCGAUUAAUAUCGACAAUUCGUGUUGCGUGGCGACCAUCGUGCUUGGCUGAUGGCUGGAGAGGAGUCGAGUAGGUAGAUGGCAGUACUACGUACUACUGCGUACUUGUACAGUAGUAGUAUAACGCUUUCCUGAUGC